AUGGAGCGCGAGCUGGAGGAGCUGGCGGCGCGGCCCGCGCUCCCGGCCGGGCCGCCCUUCCAGGCGCUGGUGGAGGCGGCGGGCGGCCGCGGGCAGGUGCUGCUGGUGGGCGAGCUGUGGGAGCGCGAGCAGAGCCGCGCGCUGCUGCGGGACUUCGCCCGGGCCGUGUUCCCGCCCGAGCCAGCCGCGGGCAAGCCGGGCGGCGCGGGGGCCGGGGCGCCGGGGGCGCCGGGGGCGCGGGGGGCGCAGGGGGCGCCCGGGACGGCGGGGGCGCGCGCCAUCCGCUCGCCGCUCGUCUUCGUGCUGUGCCGCGCGUCCUCGCUGACCGCCCGGGAGCCGCGGCGCCGCCUGCGGGAGAUGCUGCGGGACGUGCGCGGCCGCCGGCGGGCGGGCGCGGCGCUGGUCGGGGUGCUGGUGGCCGAGGCCGGCCCGGAGGACGCGGCGGCGCCCGGCUUGCGGCUCCUGGAGGCGCUGCUGCGCGCGGUGUUCGGCCGCCAGGCGGGGGGCCCCGUGCAGGCGGCCGCCUACUGCCCCGGCCACCCGGCCUCCAGCCUGGCCGUCCAGGCGGCCGCCUGCAGGGCGCUGCAAGCCGCCGGGCCCGCGCGACCAGCAGCAGGACCCGGGGAGAGACCGGGCCUCCCAGCACUGCUGGCAUGCUUUUCCUGGGGUCCCUGGAGCCGGGGGAAGGAUCCAGAUGCCAGCUCCCCUAGUGACCCAGCUCAGGAUCACCUCCAGGAUCCUGAGGAGGAGCUGUCACUGACAGCUAUAUGUCCCAACGGAGACUGUGAGGACCCCGGGAAGGGGUCGAGAGCCUGUGAUGGACUUGUCCAUACUCCUGCUGAGCCCACUGGAGACCCGAGAUGAAGGCUGGGCUCCUGGGCUACCCGCACUCUAACCUGCACACUGGGGACUGGCUCUUUCUCACCGAGUUCCCUUGCCUCUAUGUUGACCUUGGAAUGUUGUAACUACACAGAGGCCCCACCUGUCAGGGGCUGCUGCAUUGAACCAGCUAGGGAAACUUAUUUUCCUGGAACCUGCCCCCCACCUCAAAUUUGCUCACUUUCUGAUCACAGUGAGGUUAUUUGGUCUUUCUGGACCUCGGUCUUUCUACACCAUUGGGACAGAUGGCUGUCUACUUUGAGGUUUUGUGGUGCUGUGGCAGCCCAUGGUGUGUUGGCAUGAGCAUCCAUCAUUUCAAGUGCAACUGGAAAGAACUCUGGAUCAGCUGUCAUCAGAUCAGGAAAGGGUGGGGAGCUUAGACCUGUCAUUGAACCUUUGGGGCUUCUGUUUCAUACACUUGAGGGACUAUGAGCCCAGGGGCUCUCUCUCAACCCAGGGCCAGACUGCCGCUCCAGGUAGCACUGGAAGCUUGUGUAUGCAUGUGUGAGUUUGAAAGUAUAAGUGUGUGUGUGUGUGUGUGUGUGUGUGUGUGUGUGUGUAUUGGGAGGAGGGUUACUGUGACUGUGAGGUGCCCCUGGAACUUAGUGAGCUUCUCACAACGUACAGGACAGACUCCAACAGCAAAGACUUAUUCCACCCAAAUUGCUCAUCAUGGCACCUUUGAGAAACUCUGGAUGAGCCAAUCUCUUCUCUCUGAAAUUCUAGGAAGUCCCCAUCCCCCACCCCAGCAGAGAGGGUUGGGCUUCCUGAGAUCUUGGCUGCCAGAGCAAGCUGGAAUAAAAGACUGCACUGCUGCCCUGGGGACCUAUUGGGUCAAAGCCAAGACAUCCACAUGCUCUGCAUGGCCUCUUUCUUUCUCAUGUUGACAUUGACUUUCUGUGCCAAAUCCUUUGAGAAUAAGGAUCCUGGGAACUGCCUCCGGCACCAAACAAGAAAGGUAGGGGUAUGGAUUAUAAGGAUGUGGGCCUUUAUCUCAAUCUCAGGCCCUUGUCCAAGGUCAAAGCAGACCCAACCUAGAAGUGCCAAGUUCCUGAAUCCUUUUUUCUCUGUUUAUGAGUCAGACAGGGUCGAUGAUAUUCCCUUAAAAACCAGGAAAGCCAUCUGUUCACUUAUAGAAGGAACUCUGCAUUACCUCCCUUGCCUUCCUCUCCUGCCCCUGGAGAAAUGCGGUCUUUGGAAUGGCAAGAGCAGCUCCUGAUUUUCCUUGGUAGGAAGCACUGUCUAAGGGAAGUAGCUAGAUUCAUUCAUUCGUGCAUGAUUUGCUCAGCAGACAUGCAGUUGGGCUACUAUCUACCCAGGAUUCUAUAAGGUGCUGCAUACCUUCUAGUAGUUAUGUUGGCUUUCAUCUCUGAUACCAAAAUGUGGAAUUGGAAACCUGUGGCUGAGGGGCCAUGUGAUAUCAAGGAGGGUCCCUCCUGGCUCUGUGCUUCAAUUUAUUCUUCAUAAUAUGCAGCCGGGUUCUAUCCUUUCUCUGCCUGGUGGGGAUAGUGUGAAGGCAGGCAGGGUGACAUCUUAUUUGGGGUUGGUUAGUAGCAGGUGUCAUUCUAAUAAUGCAAGGCUGUCUUACCAAUAGGUAGACCUGGCUGACCUCCUACACAUGAAUGAACUCAAAGAAUUACCACUGAUUUUGUUUUAAAAUGGGGAAACUGGUAUUUUUGAAGCUGCUAUAUUUUUCUAUUUCUCUGUUAAUUUCUUUGUAAUAAUUGGGUUGGAGUCUUCUUAUUUGGUGGGGGGAGGGAGCUUUUAUUAAGGUAGGAAAUUAUAUAAGGCAGAAGUUACAAGGCACAGUCUCUGCUGUGUUUAAAAUCCUUUUGUAUUUGUUGCCAGUAUUUGAAACUUGAGAGAUUGCCUGUUAAAAAAGCUGGUUUUCUGGGUGGAGGAUGGGGCAUGCCAUUAAGUCUGGUUUGCUGUAAUCCCCCUGCCCUGGAACCCUCCUCCCACCCAUCUAAUCCACCCCACCACUGUACUUCACUCAUCUAUGCCACCUGCCUGGUCCUGGUGGACAUUUGAGUUUACAAACCUGUGGCAUAAAGGGUGGUAUACAUAUUUUUCAUUACUUUCAGUUUCUCUGGUGACUAGUUGAAGAGAGAAGGUCUUUACUGGGAUUUGUGUUCUGCUUCCCAACCAGGAAACAUGGGACUGAGAUACUUUGGGACCCAGGUUGGCUUUUUCGACACAUGGCAAAGAUAAGCAUGAUCUUUUUAGGAAUAAUCUGGUUGAUAUUUUUUUAGCAGACAGAAGAGUUAGGUGCUGGAAGGGAUGACCUUGGUGGUAGGUCUCUUCCCCAAGGACUCUCAGAAGGCAUGAAGAUUGGGGUGGGCCAGGCGAGGGCCUCCAGGCAAGUCACAGUCGGGGCUGGUGCAUAUUAAUCCUUCUAACAUGGCAGUAGUUGUGCUGCUUCUGACUUGGAUCAAUAAUUCCUUGUGUCUAAUAAAACCGAAUAGUACCUCAUUGCUGUCAAAUCAAAACCAGAAUGGAUCUUCCCCUUUAUUCCCAUAAAGUGUAACCUGCAGGGAGGGGUCCUUGGGAACAGGACACCUGGGCAAAAAGCAGGAACUUCUGGAAUAGUUUGGCCUAAAGGACUUCCAGUCCUGCCCUGGGUGACAUCUCCACAACUCUAUUGGCUGGAAUGGGAAAACAUGUAGCUCAAAAGUAAAUGUUUGAAAAGAGA